AAGUUCGAUUUGAGACUCAAUACUUGCAUUGACCUGCGCAGUGUCAUGGCGGAAGAGUUAUCUUCUAUAACCUCAAUGAUACCUCAGAAAUAAUCAGAGAUUGUUUAUUAUGAAAAUUGUGCGAGUCAACAAACGAUAUAUAUAUCUCUAUAAUGAAUAGAUUAGAAAAUAACAGCGUAAACAUGAAAAUUGUUCGAGAUGAAUCCGGAAAAAUGAUUCAAACUGCCGAAGGGAUUCUGUGCGAAUAUGUGGAUAGCGAUGGAAAUACCACAUUAAAAUUUGCACAGAUAGAUUCAUGCUGUAGCCAAUUAUUGUCUGAAACUGAAAGUGAAAAUAUAAUGCCAUGCAGUACAAUAGUAAAUACUACGCAAGAAAAUUUCAAAAAUGUACAAAAAUUUGUCAUAGCACAUGAGUUCUUAUUUUCUUCAUCAGUUCUGAUGAAGAAUUACAAUAUCUGUUAGUGCAAAAGAGGAAAAUACCGCGAAUAAAACAUUUUAUUAGAGAUGUCAUUGAUCAAUAUACUGCAGAAGAGUUUCAAGCACAUUUAGACUUUCAAGAAGAAUAUGUAAGAAAAUCAUUAAUUUAUUCAAACAGAGCAAAUAUUGUCCUAACGGUCUUCGUGGAAGAAAUAAUAAAACACCUAAAGAACAUAUUUUAGUUUUUGUAUGGUUUGCUGCAAAUAUAUAUAUAUAAAACAGUAUUAAGGAGUGUAGCAGAUUGUUUUGACAUGCAAAUUGCCAC